AUGUCAAUCAUGGAUAAAAAGAAAAACCAAGAAACUUUGGAGAAGGAAGAACUUCAAUUGCUCAGCAAAACGGUAAAUAUACCUAAUUUAAUUAUUUUGUUUAACAAAUAAAUAUAACAUUGAAGAAUAUCAUACAAUAUAUAGAAAAAUAUUUAAAAAAUAGUUAAUUAUAUAAAUAGUAUAAAUAUUCUAUGAAUAAUAUAUUUUUGUUAGGAGCUGAUAGAAAAAAUAAUAAAAUUAGAAGGAGAAAAUAAACAACUGAAAGCAAUAAAUGAAAAAUCAAAGAAUAAAAAUAUUAUUCAUAAAUCACAAAAACCAUUUGACUUUUCAAAAUGUAGUAAGAGGCAUAUUCUUUUGAAAUUCUACUAUCUUGGAUGGGAUUAUAAUGGUUUUGUUGUACAAGAGAGCAUUAAUAAUACAAUUGAGGAAUACUUAUUUGAAGCAUUAAUAAAAAGUUGUUGUAUAGAAUCUCGCGAAACAUCAAAUUACCAUAGAUGUGGAAGAACAGAUAAAGGUGUCAGUUCAUUUUCACAAGUGAUUUCCAUAGAUUUAAGGAGUAAAUUAAAUCCAGAAGAUCAAUAUAAAUUAGAAGAUGAACUUCCAUACUGCAAAAUAUUAAAUAGAUUACUUCCUUCUAACAUAAGAUGUAUUGCGUGGUGUCCAGUACCUAGUGAUUUUUCAGCAAGAUUUAACUGUAAAUUUCGAACAUACAAGUACUUUUUCCCAAGAGGAAAGUUAGACAUAAGUUUAAUGGACAAAGCUGUUAAAUAUAUUAUAGGAGAGCAUGAUUUUCGAAAUAUUUGUAAAAUGGAUGUUGCCAAUGGUGUUAUUAGUUAUCUAAGAAAAGUUAUCAAUGCAGAAGUAUGUAUGUAUCGUCGAGAUUUUAGGAAUGUUUCAGGAUAUGACGUGUGUCAAUUAAUUAUAACAAGUCAAGCAUUUUUAUGGCACCAAAUUCGGUGUUUAAUGGGUGUUUUGUUCCUUAUUGGUCAAGGAAAGGAAGAACCUGAGAUUAUUUUAGAGCUUCUGAAUAUUGAAAAAUAUCCUAAGAAACCACAAUAUAAUUUAGCUCAUGAAAUACCAUUAAAUCUUUGGUAUUGUGAGUAUGAUACCAAGGAAUGGUACAUUGAUAAAGAUGAAUUAAUAAAUACAAUAAAAUUUCUACAAAAGGAUUGGACUUUGAACACGAUAAAGUCAGUCAUGAUUGAAAAUAUGUUAUCGGAUUUGGAAGAUUCAAUAGAUUGUAAAGAUACGCUUUUUCAAAGCAAUUGUUUAUUACUUGGUAUACAACCUAGAGUGUAUCAACGAUUAAUGAAACGACCCACUUGUGGUUAGUAUUCGAAUCCUAUAAUUUUUCUAUUUUCAAUGUUUCGAGAGGAAAUAAUUACAUUAAAUGUACAAUUUUUCUUACAGAGAGCUUGGAAAAUAAAAUAAAACACUAUGAAAGUAAAAAAAAGAAGAAAGAGGAGCACGAAAAGAAUGAUAAGAAAUAA